AGCCCAUACGCUGCAGAUCAGAGGAUAAACAUUGAGGAAAUUAUCACAGCUUUUAUCUGGAAACAGAGAACGAAACUUACUGACACUCGCUGUCGUCUAGAGAAGAAAUGGCACAGCAAGGGAUUCAGCUGAAUCGAGAAAAACGGAGCUGUUCAAUCUGUCUGGAUCUCCUGAAGGAUCCGGUGACUAUCCCCUGUGGGCACAGCUACUGCAUGAGCUGUAUUAAAGACUGCUGGGAUGAGGAGAAUCAGAAGAAGGAAACGCACAGCUGCCCUCAGUGCAGACAGAGCUUCAGACCGAGGCCUGCCCUGGUGAAAAAUACCUUGUUAGCAGAGUUAGUGGAGGAACUGAAGGAAGUAGGACUCCAAGCUGCUUCAUCUGAUCCUUCCUAUGCGGGACCUGGAGACGUGGCCUGUGAUUUAUGCUCAGGGAAGAAGCUGAAAGCCCUCAAGUCCUGCCUGAUGUGUAUGGCCUCUUACUGUGAGCAACACCUCCAGCCUCACUACGAUGCAGCUCCAUUAAAGAAACACAAGCUGGUUGAAGCCACUUUAAAGCUCCAGGAGAACAUCUGCUCUCGCCACGACGAGGUGAUGAAGAUUUUCUGCCGCACUGAUCAGCAGUGCAUCUGCUAUCUGUGCUCCAUGGAUGACCAUAAAGGUCACGACACAGUCUCCGCUGCCGCAGAGAGGGCUGAGAGGCAGACGGAGCUCGGGGCGAGUCGGCAAAAGAUCCAACGGAGAGUCCAGGACACCGAGACAAAUGUCAAAGUGCUUCAACAGAGGGUGGGGGCUAUCAAUCUUACGGCUGAUGAAGCUGUGAGGGACAGUGAGAAGAUGUUCACAGAGUUGAGGCGUCUUAUUGAUAAAAGAAGCUCUGAAGUGAAGCAGCAGAUCAGAUCCCAGCAGAAAACUCAAGUGAAGCAAGCUGAAGAGUUUGUGGAAAAGCUGCAGCAGGAGAUCACUGAGCUGCGGAGGAAAGACGCUGAGAUGGAGCUGCUCUCAAGCACAGAGGAUCACCUCCAUUUCCUGACCAGCUACCCCUCGCUGUCCUGUCUGAGCGAGUCUACAGACUUACCCAGCAUUGAUACCCAUCCUCUUCACUCAUUUAAGCAUGUGGCAGCGGCUGUGUCGGAGGCCAGAGAUAAACUGCAGGCUGUUCUGAGUGAGGAGUCGAGAAAAAUCUCCCUGGCAGUGACUGAAGUCGAUGUUUUACUGCCUCAAGCAGAGCCCAAAACCAGAGAUGAAUUCAUGAAAUAUUCUUGUCAACUCACACUGGAUCCAAAUACGGCACAUAGACAUUUGUCAUUGAGUGACGGGAACAGAAAAGCAACAUUAAUGGAAGACAAACAGUUAUAUUUGGCUCACCCAGACAGAUUUCUUAAAAGGUGGCAAGUCCUGAGUAGAGAGGGUCUGACUGGACGCUGUUACUGGGAGGUGAAGUGGAGCGGGACAGUUUUUAUAGCAGUUGCAUACAAAGAUAUUAGCAGAACAGGGACCAGGGAUGAAUGUGGGUUUGGAUUUAAUAACAAAUCUUGGUCAUUGAAAUGUUUCAGUGGUGGUUAUGAAUUCAGACAUAACAAAAUUCAUAGUUCCGUCUCGGGCCCUCAGUCCUCCACAAUAGGAGUUUAUCUGGAUCACAGUGCAGGUACUCUGUCUUACUACAGCGUUUCUAAAACCAUGACUCUCCUCCACAGAGUCCAGACCACGUUCACUCAGCCUCUCUAUCCUGGAUUAUGGAUUCCACAAAAAUCUGGAAACAAUGCUGAGUUGUGUUAGCUCAAGCAGACAGGAGUUUAAAGAACGAUUCGUCUCUAAUCAGUAAAUGUAGAGGUGUGUCUGCACUGCUACAAUCAAACAUAGUCGGUGGGAUUGUGGUGAUUUUUUUCUUCUAGGAUUUAUAUUGUUUUGUUUGCGUCAUAGCAUUUAUUGAAAAUGUGUAAAUGUCUUUUUUUUUGCUUUGUAGCAAUUUAACUAUCUUGCUUUGUGAAAUUUGAUUUCUAGGGUUUAUGUAGUUUUGUUUGUGUCAGAGCAAUUCAAUGAACCUGUGAGAAGAUAGUUUUUUAGCUGCUUCAUAGGAAUUUAACUCUCUUGCUUUUACGUUAUAUUUAAUAAAAAAAAUUUAUUAUAUACUGAGCAUGUUAAAUAUUGCAUAUGCAAAACAUCUGCUGUUUUUUUUAUUGUCACUCUUUAAAUUUAAUUCAUUUCAUUUUAAUAGUCUAAAUUAUGUAUGAAAAAUAAUAUUAGAAUAAAGAGUUGUGUGUAAAUAUGUAUUCACGCAGAUUUUUUGGUCAUCUGCCAAAUGAAUGUAAUAUAAAAUAUAAAUAAUAGUUAUUUUUAAUUUUACCGUAUCUUCAUGAGCAUAAGUUGUGUAAUUUAGUGUUUACUUUUUAAUACAUACUGCUGUCUGUGUGCUGCCACUGUACUGAUAUUGUAAAAUCACAAUACUUUUUUUAUGUUUUAAAUUCAUGCAAAAAAGUACAUCAGUGCAAAUGAUAUCAUUUUACAUGUAACCCUCUGAAAAGUAUUUUGCUAAUCAUCUUUCUUAGAGUGAAGUCAAGUGUCUUUACAUGGUGACAAUUUUUGGGGAAAACAUUAAUGAAUGGUCAAAAUCCUGCAAAUACAUAAAUUGUUGACAUGUCAGCAUUUAAUCA